CAGUGCCAGCAGGUCUUCAUUUCUUGGGAGAUCGCAAAACCCCCCUCUCUCUCUCUCGAUUACACGACUCAAAUUCCCUUCUUCAUCUUCAAAUGGCGGUACCGAUUGUACGGUUUCCUAUCUUCCCGGUGGUCAGAAUAAUCGGAGUUACAGUGCUCUUGCUUGUCUUGGUGUGGACUGUACAUUACAGAGGCGGCUUCGCCCUCAUUUCCGAGAAUAAAGAUCUCAUCUUUAAUGUUCAUCCUGCGUUAAUGGUGAUUAGCCUUGUGCUUCUCAAUGGCGAAGCCAUGCUAUCAUACAAGACUGUGACCGGAACAAAAAACUUCAAAAAGCUAGUUCAUCUUGUGCUGCAAUUCCUGGCUUUCUUUUUAAGCAUCGUAGGACUAUGGGCUGCGUGGAAGUUUCAUGUUGAUAAAGGCAUCGAUAACUUCUACAGUCUCCACUCGUGGCUGGGACUAGCCUGCCUUGUCCUCUUCGGGAUUCAGUGGGCUGCUGGAUUUGCGACAUUUUGGUAUCCCGGUGGAUCAAGGCAUAGCCGCGCAAGCCUGAUGCCCUGGCAUGUAUUUCUUGGGCUAUACAUCUACGCUCUUGCUGUAGCUACUUGUGCCACUGGUCUUCUGGAGAAGGCGACGUUUCUACAAACGCAGAAGAUAAUAUCACGAUACUCGGCCGAGGCAUUGCUGGUGAAUUCUUUGGGGAUCUUGAUUGUUGUUUUGGCUGGUUUUGUGAUUCUUGGGGUGGUCUCUCCCGUGCAGGGGAGAGGUGAUAAUCCCAAAGGAAUGGCAGAGUAAUGGCUACGAGAGCGAUAGAUAUUUUAUAGCACAUCAAAACCACAUUUACUGAGGAUCGAAUAGUUGAAGCAUUGUUGUUUCUUCUGUGAUAUGUGAGAUUUUAACAGUCCCAUUAUUGGUGAAUAUUCAAAUUUAUAACACAACCAUUCGAAA